AUGGCUGAGCACAGGGGAAAGGCAGAGGACGACCUCCCGGUAUAUCUGGCCCGACCCGCUUCUACAGAACAAGGAGUUCGACAAAAAUACGGCGGCUUGUUCUGCAGCGUGAGUGACGCCUUCGAGAGCAAGACAAUAGACUUCGAUGCCCUCAGCGUGGGUCAAAAGAGGGGCUCCAGGGCCUCUGGAAGCCCGCAUUCAACCGGACCAGAGGGUGGUUCUGAAGUUGAGAGAUCCAGCAAGGAGACGGAAUCCCUUCAAAGCCUGCAGUAUGAAAAGAGCGACCGGCUUCUUAUCAAAGGCGGCCGGAUUGUCAAUGAUGAUCAAUCCUUCCAUGCAGACAUCUACAUGGAGGAUGGUCUCAUCAAGCAAAUAGGGGACAACCUCAUAGUGCCAGGUGGGGUGAAAACCAUCGAGGCCAAUGGCAAGAUGGUGAUCCCCGGUGGUAUCGACAUUCACACCCACCUCCAGAUGCCGUAUCGCGGGACCACCACCGUGGAUGACUUUGCUCAGGGGUCUAAAGCAGCUCUCGCUGGGGGUACCACCAUGAUCGUGGAUCAUGUGAUCCCGGAGGCAGGAAGCAGCCUGAUGGAGGCCUAUGACCAAUGGAGGCAGUGGGCUGACGAGAAGGCCUGCUGCGACUACUCUCUCCACGUGGACAUCACCCACUGGAACGACAGCGUCAAACAGGAGGUGGAAAGCCUGAUGAAGGACAAAGGCGUAAACUCCUUCCAGGUGUACAUGGCUUAUAAGGACUACUACCAGAUGAGCAACAGCGAGCUCUAUGAGGUGUUUACCUUCUUGGCAGAAAGGGGGGCCAUUGCUCAGGUCCAUGCGGAAAAUGGAGAGAUCAUUGCAGAGGAGCAGGCCCGUAUGCUGCAGAUGGGAAUCACAGGACCGGAGGGACACGUGCUAAGUCGGCCAGAAGAGCUGGAGGCGGAGGCCGUGUUUCGGGCCAUCACCAUUGCUAGCCAAACCAACUGUCCUCUUUACGUGACCCGCGUGAUGAGCAAGAGCGCCGCCGACAUCAUCUCGCAGGCUCGCAAAAAAGGAAACGUUGUUUUUGGGGAGCCAAUCACGGCCAGCCUGGGUACGGACGGGACACAUUACUGGAGCAAAAACUGGGCUAAAGCAGCUUCUUUUGUAACAUCACCACCCCUCAGUCCUGACCCGACAACUCCAGACUACCUGAACACGCUCCUGUCCAGCGGAGACCUGAGUGUGACUGGCAGCGCUCACUGUACGUUUAGCGUGUCGCAGAAGGCCAUCGGCAAGGACGACUUCACUCAGAUCCCCGAGGGAGUCAAUGGGGUGGAGGAGAGGAUGACCCUCAUCUGGGACAAAGCUGUGACUUCAGGCAAAAUGGACGAGAACAUGUUUGUGGCAGUUACCAGCACCAACGCAGCUAAGAUCCUCAAUCUGUACCCGCGUAAGGGUCGGAUCGCCGUCGGCUCCGACGCCGACCUCGUCAUCUGGGACACCGAUGCCAUCCGAACCAUCACGGCAAAGAAACACAACUCGGCUGCUGAGUACAAUAUCUUUGAGGGCAUGGAGUUGCGCGGCGCGCCUCAGGUGGUUAUCUGUCAAGGAAAGAUCGUCCUGGAAGACGGCAACCUGCACGUGAACUCGGGCGUGGGCCGCUUCAUCCCUUGCUCGCCGUUCCCCGACUACGCCUACAAGCGUGUUAAAGCCAGGAAGCAGCUGGCUGUCUUGAGGGCAGUGCCCAGGGGAAUGUAUGACGGCCCAGUGUCGGAAUUUUCCUUGUCGCGGGGCGGCACCCCGUCCGCCUCGGCGCGCACGUCACCCACCAAGCAGCCUGUCAGGAACCUGCACCAGUCCGGGUUUACUCUAUCAGGUCCCCCCACCCCUGAUGACACCCCUACAAGGCCUGCCGGUCGUCGUAUUAUGGUGCCCCCUGGUGGCCGUUCCAACAUCACUUCCCUCAGUUAAACCCCUCCCUCUCCCGUUCCAGGAGGGUCAACUGUGUGCCUCCAGAGCCAGACUGUGUUAAUGUGUGUGUGAGUGGGGCUAGGGUUGAAUUGAACAACCACGAUUAAUUAAAAACAAACAAUAACACUGACUAUACAUGCCUUACCUGUCACUAUGCUAAACCUUUGAAAUGGAAACAACAUUUUUAUUUUGGCAAGAACAAAGCAUUGAAUGUUUUUUUUUUUUUUUUAAUUUUAUUCAAAAAUGAUAAAACAACCAAAGCACAACCAGUAUCAGCCUUUUUGCCAUCAGUUAAAUAUGCUAACGAUUCUGUACUGGUGCUCUUGGUAGUUGGUUCAGUAAAUCUGUAUUUUAAAAAAGUACGUAUACUACCUGUUCAUUAAUGACACAUUCAUCUUAAUUGGCUCGCCGUGUCAUUGUACAUACGUGUAGCUUUGUGAAUGGUGUUGUUUAGCUUGUUUCGGUGGAAAAAUACAGGUAAUCCCUGGGUUACGAACGAGUUCCGUUCUUAUGCAGGCGACGUAAAAAAUCGGGAUCAACCCUUUAAGUACCCCUAAACUCCCUCCAAAUCCCAAAAUAACUCCGAAAACUAGGGCUGGGACGAUCCGCUUUUGUCACAAUCCGAUCCGUAACCCGGUACUUGUGUGGCGAUCCGAUGCAUGUUGCGAUAUUUAAACUAUGGACUCAUAUUACCAGUUAAAAUUAGGGCUGUCAAACGAUUAAAAUUUUUAAUCGAGUUAAUUACAGCUUAAAAAUUAAUUAAUCGUAAUUAAUCGCAAUUCAAACCAUCUAUAAAAUAUGCCAUGUUUUUCUGUAAAUUAUACAUAUAUUCUGUAAAAUAAAUUAUUGGAAUGGAAAGAUAAGACACAAGAUGGAUAUAUACAUUCAACAUACGGUACAUAAGGACUGUAGUGGGCAUUUCACUCUACUGUCAUUUAAAUCUGUCUAUGCUGUCCUCACUCCGAAGCGUCUACUUUUUCCAAAGCUAGACAGCUAGUGAACGACGCCUUAAUAAUUAGACUUCUUCCUUUUUCAUCUGAUUUAUUAAUAAAACGGCCUCAAACCAUUGUCCUCUUUAGACCGUCGUAAAACUACAAAAUAAAAGUACACAAGCAUUGCAUUAGCAACAACGUUAGCUUAGCACGCUAUACAGGUUCACUAAACAAACAAAAAGCGUCUCAUACAAAAAAUAUAACAUUUCGCUUACUAACAUAAUAUGUACAUUCUUUACAACAACCAUACUUACGGACAAAUCUUGUCCAAGGAUCAUAUAAGCACAACAUUAUCAGCCCGAGACGUCGUGCAGCCAUAAUGAACUGGCAAGAAAACAAUAAACCAUGUCGCAAAGUGACCACAAGAGUUCGCUGUUGGACAGCACAAAAAGCCUUGCUGUAAAACUUACCAAAAGGCAGAAUACUUUCUGAGCGGGACAUGUGCGUUAAUUGCGUCAAAUAUUUUAACGUGAUUAAUUUAAAAAAUUAAUUACCGCGCGUUAACGCGAUAAUUUUGACAGCCCUAGUUAAAAUUCAUAAAAACACAGAAGCCUGUAUCUCUGUUUAGAUUCCAUUUAACUUUUAAUUAAUUUUUUUUUACAUAGAAAAUUGCAUUAACUGUUCCUGUGCAAAAUAAAACAAAAACAAUUUAAAACACUUCACAUACCGAUACCGAAAAAAAAAAACUUCAAAAAUAAAUACUGUAUUGGCCCGAUUAUAAAACGACCCCCUCUUUUUCAAGACUCAAGUUUGAAAAAAAGACUUUUUGAAUACCAAAUUAAUUUUUAUACAGAAAUUACAGUACAUCUGAAACAAAUGAUUAUAACAACAUAUUUGAGAGAAAAAGCAUGGUAUUUUGCCUCAUUCAAAUCUUAAUAUCUGAACAUUUAAAUAUGUAAACUAAAGUGCAAUCACAUUCGUAAAUGAAUGGUUUUUUUGAAAUGUAAAUAAACCAAUUUAUUGUGAUAAAACAACAAAAUUGCACUACAUAACUACAUUAACCAUCAACGUGAAGUCUGUCUAUAACUGUAGUCAUGAAACAAAUCUGAAUAAGGAAACACAUUGCAAUAAAAUAAUACAAACUGGUUAAACUUGAGAGUAGCUGAGAUCUGUCAUGACAGAACAUCGCUUCAAUGAUAUCUGGCGCCAUCUAGCGUCGUGGAUGGGUAUAACGUUUAGACCGUGAAUAUAAGACGACCCCCACUUUUUCAGUUUUAUAUCAAUGCAAAAAACACCGUCUUAUAUUCGGGCCAAUACGGUAAAUAAAUACAGUUUGAAACAUAUUACUAGAGGUGGGAAUCUUUGGGCACCUAAUGAUUCGAUUACGAUUCAGAGACUCCGAUUCGAUUAUAAAUUGAUUAUUGAUGCCCCCCUCCCCCAUUUUAAAAAAAUAUUUUGUAUAUUUGUUCCAAAAUUGUUCAAAAAUCCUCUCAGGCUAAGUAAACCAAACUACUAUUUUAGUAUCAAGUUACCGGUUAAAAACAGUAAAUAAAAUACUCAAGUCCCCAUUCUGUAUCAGCAGCUUUAAACUACAUUCAAUUAAUUUAAUGUUGUGAAUCAACCGUUAAAGUUGUUAAAAUUGCGCCCGUUAUUCCAUAAUUUCCCUCAUGUCUAAUUUCGACAUGUGAAAGUUUUAAAACUGUUUCAUCAUUUAAAGAUAGAUUCAAGUCAAGAUUUUGCCGAUUUAGGGGUAUUUUAGAUAAAAAGUAAUUAGGUUCUCUACAACAGAGCCUUCUAGAGAAAUCUACUGCUUUAAGAUGGCGCCUGUUUACUAGCGCGGGAAAGUCUGUCAUUUCACAUCUAGUCUAGAUAUACAGUGCCUUGCAAAAGUAUUCGGCCCCCUUGAACCUUGCAACCUUUCGCCACAUUUCAGGCUUC